AUGGGACGAAUCGUCUUGCAAUGUGCAUUCUGGACCUGGAAGGGAUCCCUGCCGGACCUCGGAGUCCGCAUCCGAGCGGGGACGGGCCGCGCGGGGGAACCGGCGUCCCGCGGAGGGCUCUGCGGUCCCGCGCAGGACUCUGCCACCCGUGCGGUCGCCUUCGCCGUUGAUCGUGGGAUCCUGGUGGAGGGGAUGGAGGCGGAGGAGGGAUCCAAGCCGCCUCCGAGUCCGGUGCCGAGCCCGAGCCCUCAUCAUCGCUCGAGGUCGUUGUAUUCCCGGCAGAGCACCAGUGCCACGGGGACGGGGAUGAUCCCCGGGCUCAAGUUCCGCAAUCUGGGCAAAAGCGGACUCAAGGUCACCAACCUUGGUCUCGCGACGUGGACGACGCUGAACCCCGGCGUGAGCGAGGAGACGGCGGAGGCGGUCAUCACCUGGGCCUACGAGGUCGGGAUCAACUACUUCGACACGUCCGAGGUCUACUCGGGCGGGAGGGCGGAGGCGCUGCUGGGAGGGAUCAUCCGGAAGAAGGGGUGGAGGAGGAGCUCGUACGUGCUGUCGGCGAAGGUGCACUGGGGGAAGACGAGCCCGGACGGGGACAUGAGGGGGCUGUCGAGGAAGACGAUCGUGGAGAGCGUGAAGGGGAGCCUGGACCGGUUGGGGGUGGACUACAUCGACGUCGUCAUCCUUCACAAGGCGGAUCCCAUGUGUCCCAUGGAAGAGGUGGUUCGGGCGAUGAGUUACGUGAUCAGCGAAGGAUGGGCGAUGUACUGGGGGACGGCGAGGUGGAGCGCGGUGGAGAUCAUGGAGGCGUACACCAACGCGAGGACGUUCAACUGCCCGCCGCCGAUCGUGGAGCAGACGGAGUAUCACUUCUUCUGCAGGGAGAAGACGGAGCUGCAGAUGUCGGAGAUGUUCAAUAAGAUCGGGGUGGGGUGCAUGACGUGGUCGCCGCUGGGGGCGGGACUCAUCGCCACGACGGGGAAGACCGAGGACGGGUGUACGCUCUUUGCGAGGCCGUCGUUCAGGCCGGGCUCCAAGGGUGGAGGCCUCGUGGGAGCGGGUGGAAGCGGGUUGGGGGACGGAGGCCUGUCGAUGAGGGAGAGCCGACUCACGCUGGAGGACCUCCGUCUCCACGAGGAGAAGUUCCAGGAGUUGUUGGGGAUGACGGAGCGGCUGGGCUGCAGCCUCGCGCAGCUCAGUCUCGCCUGGUGCCUGAAGAACGAGCACGUCCAGUGCGUCCUGGUCGGGGCGGCGUCGGUGCAGCAGCUGGCGGAGAACAUCCUCUGUCUGCAGGUGGUGCCCAAGCUCACGGGCGGGGUGUUGGCGGAGCUGGAGAGGGUGCUGGGAAACAAGCCCGUGAAGAGGCCGCUGAUGAGCACGAUGCAGAUGCAGGGGGUGCAGAGGUGACAGCCGCAGAAGGGGUCGAACGCCCCACAUUCCGACAAGUCUUUCUGCUCCUUCGUCUGAGGUCGGGAGGGCCCGUCGUCGCGUGCACCAUCUGGGAGCUUCUCCUGGGCUUAUCGGCAGUAGAGGCUGUCUCGGUCGUAGAGCUUCUCUCGCGAGUUUCUGCUUACUCGUCCGUCGAACGAUGAACUGCAACCGAGUGGUGGAUGGGGUCGAACGCUUCGGUGGAGGAAACUCCCCCUCGUUUUGUUUGUUGUAUGAUACAUAGAGAUGCCUACGUACCCUUGCGGGCGAGGACCCCCGCAGAAUCAUAAAGUGCUGUCAUUCCUGGUAAAUCGCUUUCCUUCUUGGGAGACCUCGUGAAACGGGCCCCGGGACAUAGAGGGGCAUGGGCCUGCACGCAUCCGUGGGCCGUAAGACGAGGACUCUCCGAGAACCGAGAACUCCUUGGGGGUGCCUCUGGAGGCUCCUCCCGGAAGACCUUGCCGGCAUCCGAGGAGGCGACGCGAGACCUGCUUCGAAGCGUACCUCCGGCCUCUGUCAGAACCCAGGAGACGA